AUGGUUGCUAGGUGCCUUAAGGCCAUGUCACCCAUGAGAAUCCUCUGUAAGGCGAGGGACCUCUAUGUGAACGCCAUGCUGGAUUGUGCAGGAAGCAUGAACUGGGAUGCCGUUGGGGGCACUGCUGCCAGCAACAUGACAUACCUGCCAAGGAGCUCCAGCCUAGGGUCAUCGAGGAGCGGCGGUGACGAUGAAGAUCUGAAAGAACUGGUCCGGGCGGUAUCUCAGAAGCAUUUAGACGACAAACUCGGUGAGCGCCAUCCCUUCUGUGGUAGAAACGCUGGAGCAAGGAACACGCCGGGCAAUUUCAGUUUGCGCAUUGAGAGAAUUGAUGAAGACAAGCCUUGUUAUUUCAAUGAGGAUCACGGGCUCAUGGCGUCCAAGGUGAUGUUUCCCAGAAGCAAAAGCUAUGAUAUGCACAGGAGGAGGGUUAGCGUCUGA